GCGUGCUAGAAAUGACGUUACAAUAAGGAGAAGCUAUGGUGGGGAUUCCCCAUUCAGUUUUUAACAGAAAAAGUGCGUUUAAAAUUUGGCUUUAUUAAAGUUGCCGUAUUACGAAAAAUUAUGAAUUAUGAAUAAAGAUGACUUACACAAACUACUUGAAAAAAACAAGAAAUUGCAGGAAGAGAAUGAGAAACUCAAGAAAACCAGUGAAGGCGUUCACAGCAUCUCCAAGGCAUUUGCUGAGUCUAACCGUGAAAAGGAGAAACUUAAAGACACCAUCCGGAUUCUAACGCACCAGCUUUCUUCUACAUCAUCGUCAUCUUCAGGUACAAAAAGCAUAGAUGGCUCUCAUUCUCCCUCUGGUGCAGCAGAACCACAAUCCCAGAUUUCAGAUAAUGAACUACUUGAUCUGGCCGGAGAGCUUGGCAAUAAUUGGAGAAGUCUUGCAUUUCGUCUUGAUAUCCAGACUGGUGAGGUAGAUGCUGUUCGGGAACAGUACUCUUCACCAAAACAACAAAUCUAUCAGAUACUGAAGAUGUGGAGACAGAAGCGCGUUCAGACUGCAGAUUUGCGAGAUCAACUCUCAUCAGCCCUUGAAAGAACCGGCCGCAGAGAUCUAGCAGAAAAGCUUCAAAAAGAUGUUUCUGAACACAGUACUCUGCCCUCAACUUGUGAUCUACCAUGGUUCUUCGAUAUUGUCAGCCUCGAAUGCCAAGGGAAAGAUGAAUGGAAAACACUUGGAUCAAAUUUGAAAAUCAAACCUGAAAAACUCAACGAAAUUGAGAGAUUUCCAUUGGGUGAACGCAUCUAUGGUGUCUUGGACAGUUGGCUGAAGUGUCUGUUGUCUGGUACCAAUCCUCUUGUUGUGCUUGUGAUGGCAUUGAUAAGCAGCGGCAGAAAUGAUGUAGCUGAGAAACUGAAAAAAGCUUCAAAGGAGCGAAAUGAGUACAUUGAGGAAUGGAGUAUGCAACAGGAAUCCAUGUUCAGUGAGAAACUAAAAAGACAAAAACAUGUGCGACUCAAUUCACCAACAAUAUCCCAACAAUCAGCAUUUUCACAGAAUAACAGUCUUGAAGGGAUUGAGUCUUUGAAGAACUCCAGUGUUCAUCCACCUGGCACUGAUGACAUCUACACUGACGAUGAAUCUGUGAAAAGCUUCAGAAGUGGAGAGAGUAUGGAUAUGAAACCUGAAUCUGCAACUUUUGAUAGUGUCAUGGUAACUUGAAUUAAUACCUUUAGU